GCCGGGGGCGGGGCCGCGGCCUCCUGGCGGAGCGGCUGCCGCGCGGGGCGGCGGUGGCGGCGGAGCGAUGGCGUGCGGGGGCUUCGCCUGCUCCAAGAACUGCCUGUGCGCCCUCAACCUGCUCUACACGCUGGUGAGCCUGCUGCUGAUUGGAAUUGCAGCAUGGGGAAUUGGCUUCGGCCUCAUCUCUAGUUUCCGAGUUGUUGGAGUGGUGAUUGCAGUAGGAGUCUUCCUCUUCUUUAUUGCCUUAGUUGGAUUGAUUGGUGCAGUGAAACAUCAUCAAGUAUUGCUAUUCUUUUACAUGAUUAUUCUUCUGCUAGUCUUUAUUGUCCAGUUUUCUGUCUCCUGUGCCUGUUUGGCACUAAAUGAGGAACAGCAGAGUGAACUUCUAGAGGUGGGAUGGAGUAACACCAACAGCGCAAGAACAGAUAUUGAGAGAAAUCUGAAUUGUUGUGGAUUCAGAGUUUUUUAUCCGAAUGAAACCUGCGCCGCUGAUUGUCUUAGAACUCUCCACUGUAGACCAUGUGCACCGAUAAUGGAAGAAUAUUCUGGAAUGGUGCUGAGAUUUGUUGGUGGGAUAGGACUCUUCUUCAGUUUCACAGAGAUUCUGGGAGUCUGGCUGACUUACAGAUACAGGAACCAAAAGGAUCCCCGUGCAAACCCUAGUGCAUUUAUUUGAUAAGUUUAUAAAGGAUUAAAUCUUCUCUCUGCACCCUCUACUUAAAAAUACUGAUUCUAUAUAGUUUGGUAUUUCUCCAUAAUAGGUAUUCUACAUGUACUCAAAAUAAAACACAAGUCCUGUAAGAAAUGUGUAGUUUUCAUAUUUAAUUUCUACUAUUUUUCUUCUAAGAAUCUCUAUCUUAAAGUAGAUGGGUGCAUUCAGUAGCUGGGCAGAGUUGAACUGCUGUUUAAGACCUUGUUAAUUGUUAUGGCAAACUCUAUACAAUGAGUUUUAUAGCACUACUGGGUUAUCUGCUGUAAAAAAAAAAUACCCUAGAGGUAUUUUCUGCUGUAUUCAUUGAUUACAAAAAUUCACAUGAAUUCUCAUUAAAAUUAUAAAACUUUA